AUGGUUGAUGUAGAGUUCAUAUUUUGCAAUUUGGCCGUCUCGCAUGAUUUUUCUGAAUCAACUAUGGUAAGUGACAUGAUAAGUAUUGUGAAGCAAUACUGGCCUUAUGUCCCUGAAGACCUUCUACUGUUUGGUUACACCGUAGAUGGAAGAUCACAUGUUAUUAGUCAUGAUUUGGAGUUGAUAUUUUUCAUUCGCUACUGCAUUUCGAAAGGCAUUGAUGUUGUGAAGUUUAACAUCCAGCUGAAAAUUUGUGUUGAUUUUGUUCCUUCUUCUUCUGUUGGUCCUUCUUCGUCAACAUCAAGUUGUGUUUCAAACAAUGAAUUGGCUGUUGUAGAAUACUUGACGGAUGAUUCAUCUUUGAUCAAAAGGGUCCCCAAGAAGUCAGAUGCUUGGGCCAACAUCUUAACUGGAGUAGGGAAGGUUUUUGAGAGUAAAAUUGUUUGUCGUGAUAGUGUUAAGAAGUACGAAUAUCAUAGUGGUUACAAACUUGACGUACGUAAGAGUGACAAGAAACGUUACACUGUGCAGUGUAAGAACAAGGAAAGUCAAAGUUGUGGCUGGAGGUUUCACGCAUCUCUUGUUGCCAAUACUAAAGGUGUCUUUCAGUGCAAGAAGUUUCACGGAGAGCAUUCAUCUUCUAUUACUGGUUUCAAUAAGUAUUGUCGUCAGAUGUUGUUUAUUGAUUGUACUUUUAUCACUGGGAAGUUUAAGGGCGGUCUUAUGGUUGCUUGCGGGAAAACUGGUAACCAAGAGAUCUAUCAAGUUGCAUUUGGAAUUGUUCCUUGUGAAAAUUGUGACAAUUGGGAAUUGUUCUUAACCAAUUUGAAGGGUAUUAUCAGUCAAGACCGUCCACUGACCAUCAUAUCAGACCGUGAAGCUGGGCUUUUGAAGCAUGUUCCUCUUGUCUUUCCAAAAUCUUACCAUUCUAUCUGUUUGUACCACAUGAAAGGUAAUAUUCCGGUUCCAAAGGGAAAGAGUAGGCAAACUGUUGUGAAGUUGUUUGAAGAGUGCUACACUGGGUUAACAAAGGAGAAGUUUUAUGUUGCUUCCAAGAGUAUGAGCAAUCUGAAGAUGGAUUCAGUUAUUGAUUGGAUGGUAAAGAUUCCGUUCAAGAACUGGGUUGCUCAUGCAUUUCUAGGAGAAAGGUUUGGUGCGAACACAUCAAACAUUGCUGAGAGUUUUAACAGUGUGAUUAAGAAUGAUAAGCGGCUUCCAGCACUUGAGCUUCUAGAUUCUAUUCGUGCUUAUGUAAUGGAGCAGAACUACAAGAGGAGGGUGGAGUCUGGUAAGUGUGCUGGAAAGCUUAUUCCCCGGAUGCAUGCUAGGCUCAACAAGAGGAUGAUUGAUUUUCGUUUUUACAAGUUCCGUAGAUCAAGUGAUAAAGUUUUUGAUAUCAUUUCUCCUACUGGAAAACACUUAGUCGACUUGGAUGCUAAGACUUGGACUUGCAAUUGGUGGCAGAAGCAUAGUUUCCCUUGCACCCAUUCUAUGAAAGCCAUGUUGCAGACUGGGCCAGAUGGACCUUACAAGUACAUCAUACCAUAUUAUACCACCGAGUACUAUAGAGGUUUGUAUGCUCGUCCUAUCUAUCUUAUUCCCGACUCUGAGAGGCCUUCGAAAAUCAAUGAGGAAGGUUAUGUUUUGCCUCCCAAUGGCGGUCGAGCUUCAGAUGGAAUGCCAACUACUUCAAGGUAUAGGGGAUCACGAGAGAAAGUUCGCAAGAAAAGGAAGUGUGGUCAGUGUGGAAGAUUUGCCUUCCACAACCGUUGUAGAUGUCGCAAAGCUCUUUUGGCUCCUCGUGCACCAGUAUUCUGCAAGGAGUCUAACUACAGAAUGAUCAACUUCUUGAUGAGGAUGUUGUUCUGA